CAUCACUUUGCAGCAAACAACAGUUAGCAACACAAUAGGGUGCAUGUGAAUGAUUCCUGCUAUCCCCCACAUAUCCAAUAUACUCCUAGUUGAAGUACUUUUGAACCCCCACCUCCCUCACAAAAACCCUACCUUCAAAUUCUCCUCCAUUUUGGGCGUACACACACACAAAAGCUAUGCUAUGUAUGUAAAUACACUCUUUAAUUAGUAGGUAUAUAUGUAUUUAUGUGGUAAGGAUUAAGGAUAGCCUCAUAGCCACAAGGAAGGAACACAUGCAUAGUUAGUACUACCGCUUGCAGUAGCAUCUUUAUUUGCGAGUUCUAGUCUUUAAGUCAAAAGCUAAGCAUAGCAGAGUGUGGCCUCUCUCCUGCUGCUGCUCGCCAAUUGAUCGUCCAUGGCCGUCCAUCACCCACACCUGCUCGACUUCUCGCCACCUCCGAACACGGUGGCCAUGGAGGCGCCGCCCGCACCCCACUUCGACCAUGGUGGCCACCACCACCACCACCUCCUCGGGCUCCAUGUCGACGGCGGCGUCGGCAUGUCCGUAGGAGGAGGCGUGCCUCACCGCGCCCUCGCCGACGACGACACGGUGGCAGCAUGGGCGCCGCAGGCCGCGGUCUCCCUGUCCUUGUACAACUACGACAACACGGCGGGAGGUUCGUCGUCGUCGCUGUUCGGCCAUGACGAGCCACAGUUCGGCGCCAUGCCCCCGGCGGCGGCGUUGGCACUGCCUAACCACCAGCAGCUGCCGACGACGACGUCGAGCAUGCAGCAGCCGUUCCAGCUCAGGAGCUCCAAGUAUCUGGCCCCCGUGCAGGACCUGCUCAGCGAGUUCUGCAGCCUUGAAGGGGACCUGCUGCACGCCAUGAACAAGAGAGCUCCGAGAGCAGGCAACAAGUGGGACGACGUGGAGACGUCGUCGUCUUCCUCUGGCCUCUGGGGGCACCCGUCCCUGAGCUCCAUGGAUCUCUUGGAGCUUGAGAGGCGGAAGGCCAGGCUCUUGUCCAUGGUUGAAGAGGUGGACAGGCGGUACCGGCGAUACCGUGAGCAGAUGAGGGCAGUGGAGGUGUCGUUCGAGGCGGUGGCCGGAGCCGGCGCGUCGCAGGUGUACACAAGGUUGGCGCUGCGCGCCAUGUCGCGGCACUUCCGGUGCCUGCGGGACGCGCUGGUGGCGCAGGUCCGCGCGCUGAGGAAGGCCAUGGGGGAGCGGGACGGCGGACCUGGUGCGGCGGCGGCGGCGACGGCGGCGGGCGCCACCAAGGGCGACACGCCGAGGCUCAAGGUGCUGGACCAGUGCCUGCGGCAGCAGCGGGCGUUCCAGCACCCCGGCACCAUCGAGAACUACCCCUGGCGACCCCAGCGCGGCCUGCCGGAGCGCGCCGUCGCCGUCCUCCGUGCCUGGCUCUUCGAGCACUUCCUCCACCCGUAUCCAAAUGAUGUGGACAAGCACAUUCUGGCGCGCCAGACAGGAUUGUCAAGAAGCCAGGUUUCCAAUUGGUUCAUCAACGCCAGGGUGAGGUUGUGGAAGCCAAUGAUAGAGGAGAUGUACACGGAAGAAGUCAACCAGAAAUCAAACGCGACUCCGCAAAACCCUAGCGGCGGCGGCGUCAUCAAACCUGAGCAGAUGAGCACAACGGCGGUGCCCGCCGCCAUUGGAGGAGAUCAUAGCCACUUCCUAGCUACUAGUGCUGGGAACCCUAGCAGCUCCAUGAUUUCAUCCUCCAUUUUGAUGACUGCUGCUGACUGCGGUGGCAGUGGCGGUGGCGACCAUCUGUUCAGUAGUUAUCCGAGCAUGCAUAGGAGUCACGGCGGCGCCGUGUCGCUUACCCUAGGGCUCCAACAGCAGCCGUUUGUGUCGACGAUGAUGCACCACCAGCGACCAUUGAUGUUGCAUGGUGACGAGCAAGAGCCGGUGCUGCCGUACAGAGACCUUAUGGGGUCUCAGUUGCUGCAUGAUUUCGCAGGGUAGCUUAGCUAGGUCUACUAGGAGGGUGGGGUAAAAUCUGUUUUAAUUUCAUGACUACACUAUAAAAACACACAAAUUGGUUCCUAGCUUGCUACUAGCUUUCCGCCGGCCGGGCAAAUCAUGCAUAUACUGUAUAUUUAAUUUCUCGAGCAACCAUGUGCUUUAUUUGGAUCCUAUAUGUUUAGAGCUAGUUUAUUUAAUUUCAGUAGAAGUGCAGCUGCUCUACUUAUUCAAGUGAAGCACACCAAACGCCUGGUGCAUAUAGGAGAGUAUCAUUUUUCUGUCGUCAAUAAUUAAUUCAGCCGUUUAUUAUGUUUGGGAAAAGGUGUAUAUUUUUCGGAUGAGAAGUACUUAGUAAUUAGGAAUUAUUAUAUUUGGCGUUGUCUUUUGACACAAGAUUUAUUUAGGUAAUUCAUCUUACCAAACAGUUUGUAGUUUCAUUUGCAGAAAAGACAUUUUGUUAUUGAAUAUUUUUGUGAUUGUUUGAGUUGUGUAAA